GAUGUGGGAAACAAAAUAGUACCACGACAACUUCCUCCUACUAAGUUCGAAUCAUAUGUUUACCCAUUUGGUGUAAAUGAAAACCUAACAACACCACCAUUAACUAUUAUAUCAAUAAGAAAGCUUAAGGAUGAUGAGCAUAAAUUUGUUAAUUAUAAAGAAAAUUCACCAUAUGAAGUAGAAAUAGGAGAGGAUAUUGUGUAUGAAAAUGGCGUUUCUCAUUUAAUUUGGUUUUACGCUAACGCAGACUAUGAAGAUAAAAGACCUGCUAUGUUUAUCCGAAACACUCCUAUAGUAUAUUAUUUCCUCAGCAAUUUAGGAAAAAAAGUCGAGAUACCUUUGCUAAACAAAGUAUUGGUAAAUUUUCACACAACUUAUUCAAUAAAAGGUACUAAAGAUGUUUUGCAAACUAUCAAAAAUGGAGAAUCUAAUCCUGAUUUGGUAAAAAAAGCACAAAAUAUUACAAAUAGAUUUGAAUCAUUCAUUUACCCAUUUGGUAUAAAUGAAAACCUAACAACACCACCAUUAACUAUUAUAUCAAUAAGAAAGCUUAAGGAUGAUGAGCAUAAAUUGGUUAAUUAUAAAGAAAAUUCACCAUAUGAAGUAGAAGUAAAAGAGGAAAUUGAGUACCAAACUGGCAUUUCUCAUUUAAUUUGGUUUUAUGCUAACGCAGACUAUGAAGAUAAAAGAUCUGCUACGUUGAUCCCAAACACUCCUGUAGUAUAUUACUUCCUUAGCAAUUUAGAAAAAAAAAUUGAGAUACCUUUACUAAAUAAAGUGUUGGUAAAUAAUCACGAAACGUAUUCAGUAAAAGGUACUAAAGACGUUUUGCAAACUAUCAAAAAUGAAAAAUCUAAUCCAGACUCG